CAAAUUGUCUUUGCGCACAGGAAGCCCGAGAUAAGAACAGGGAGAUAACGCUGGAAGACAUGCAACACCACAACACAACACCAUCGAACUCCUAUCAACCCAGUGAGAUAAAGACACGGGUCGACUCGAUCGCUGCUGGUUGUACCUCCAUCUUGUGUUGUGUUGUGUUGUGUGUAAUUCAACGAUGUUGUAGAAUGCUUGUUGUAGUUCUGAUCUUUGUUGUCCUGGGCUGCACAGGUAAGAAUUCAACAUGUGUCGGUGGACGUUCUGAGCACGAGUUAUUUAUCUUGAAUUAGCGCGCAUGUUUUAGUUUAAGAUUUAUUUCUGAGAUAAGCAAAAGUAUAAAAGAAGAUUAUCAAUGGUACCAUUACUUCUUAUCAAGUUUAAAAAAAACAAAGAAUUAUCCAUCUAUCCUUUCAUAAUAUAUAUUCUGAGAAUAUCUCCUAUAUCUCUUUGUCCAUCUAUCAAUAUAUAUAUUUGAUUCAUGUUUUUUAUUCUCUGACCCACCAUUCCAUUAGCACAUGUUGUUCGUUGAGUUAUUUCACCGUACACUUCAUCCAACAGGUGCGGCAAAUGAUUACGGAUGCCCACCGAGUGUGUCGGUAAACCAGUUCCUCCAGGUUUAUGGAAGCUAUUGCUUUGAGUUCGUAUUUUUUCAACCCCGCGAUUAUCCCACGGCUGCCGCAUACUGCUCGGCCCAUGGGGGGACGCUGGCCCUCGUCAAGUCUCGCAACAUCGAAUUAUUUCUGGAGAACCAGAUAAUCCACACGUACUACCGACAUUCUGAGGUUUGGAUUGGUCUCAGCAACCGGAAGGACCAGGCCGCGUUCCAGUGGGAGGACGGGACGACUCUCAACUACACCAACUGGGCGACCGCCAUUGGCGGCGGCGACUCGCCAGACAGCGGGUCGCCCCGAUGUGUGGCCCUGAGCCCGGGUCAGGGGGGCAGGUGGGUGCCGGAGAGAUGUGUCGCCAACCAGCUGGACGAGCUGACCGGAUUCGGUAAACCUUUCGUGUGUCAGUACCCCAGAUACCAGGCACGGACCACCGUGGCCACCCCGACCAACUUUACCGACAUGGAGCUGACGCCGGGGCCCCAAUCCACGGUGUCCACAAUCUCCAAAACUUGCCCGGCGUUCACCUGUGAUUUGGAUUGUGGGAUGGAUGGGUUUAAGAAAGACGGGGAGACGGGAUGCUCACUCUGUGAAUGUGACACGAAAUGAUGACACGAAAUGAUGACACGAAAUGAUGACACGAAAUGAUGACACGAAAUGAUGACACGAAAUAAUGACACGAAAUGAUGACACGAAAUAAUGACACGAAAUGAUGACACGAAAUAAUGACACGAAAUUAUGACACGAAAUAAUGACACGAAAUGAUGACACGAAAUAAUGACACGAAAUAAUGACACGAAAUAAGGAUUCAAUAUUGUCUUGAACGAGAUUAUAAAUAAUAAAUUAUGGCUAAAUUA